GACCUGGUGCUGCACAACCUGCUGCGAAACGCGCUGCUGGGCGUCAGCGGCGCCGGCCCGCCCCGCAGGAACACUGAGCUCGUCAAAGUCAUGGGCCUCUCCAACUACCACUGCAAGCUCCUGGCCCCCAUCCUGGCCCGCUACGGUAUGGAUAAGCAAACUGGCAAAGCUAAGCUCCUCACGGAGAUGAACCAGGGAGACAUCUUUGACUGCUCCCUCUUGGGUGACCGCGCCUUCCUCAUUGAGCCGGAGCACGUUGAAACCAUCGGUUACGGAAAGGACCGCUCUGGCAGCCUCAUCUACCUGCACGACACCCUGGAAGACAUCAAGAAGGCCAACAACAGUCAGGAGUGCCUCAUUCCUGUCCACGUGGAUGGAGAUGGCCACUGCCUCGUCCACGCAGUCUCGCGAGCGCUUGUUGGCAGGGAACUGUUCUGGCAUGCUCUGCGAGAGAAUCUGAAGAAGCAUUUUGAGGAGAAUCUGAGUCACUACAAGGCGCUUUUCCAUGACUUUAUUGAUGCAGCUGAGUGGGAGGACAUUAUCAACGAAUGUGAUCCUUUGUUUGUUCCUCCAGAAGGUGUGCCAAUGGGCCUUAGGAAUAUUCACAUCUUUGGUCUCGCCAACGUGCUUCACCGGCCUAUCAUCCUGUUAGACUCCUUGAGUGGAAUGCGAAGCUCCGGAGAUUAUUCAGCAACGUUCCUUCCUGGUCUGGUACCUCUAGAAAAAUGCAUGGGAAAAGAUGGCAUGUUGAACAAGCCGAUCUGCAUUGCAUGGAGUAGCUCAGGACGUAACCAUUAUAUUCCUCUAGUUGGAAUAAAAGGUGCUGCUUUACCUAAACUGCCUAGGAAGCUACUUCCUAAAGCCUGGGGAGUUCCUCAAGACCUCAUCAAAAAGUACAUCAAGUUAGAGGAGGACGGUGGUUGUGUUAUUGGAGGAGACAGAAGUUUGCAAGAUAAGUACUUGAUGAGGCUUGUUGCUGCAAUGGAGGAGGUUUUCAUGAGUAAACACGGUAUCCAUCCCAGUCUUGUAGCUGAUGUACAUCAGUAUUUCUACAGAAGGACUGGUGUAAUAGGAGUCCAGCCUGAAGAAGUCACUGCAGCUGCCAAAAAAGCAGUGAUGGACAACCGCCUUCACAGGUGCCUCAUCUGCGGGGCCCUUUCAGAGCAUCAUGUUCCUCCUGAGUGGCUGGCUCCUGGGGGGAAACUCUAUAACCUGGCAAAAAGUACCCACGGCCAACUAAGGCCUGACAAAAAUUACAGUUUUCCCCUGAACAGUUUGGUGUGUUCUUACAACCCCACAAAGGAUGUGCUGGUACCAGACUAUAGCCUGAGUAGUUUGACCGCUUGUAACUGGUGUCAUGGUAACUUGGUGCGUCGUGUCAGAGAAGAUGGAUCUGUCUCAUAUUUGGAUGGAGACAGAACUAAUACUAGGUCUACAGGUGGCAAGUGUGGCUGUGGAUUCAAGCACUACUGGGAAGGUAAAGAAUACGAUAAUCUCCCUGAAGCUUUUCCUAUUACUCUAGAGUGGGGUGGAAGAGUGGUGAGAGAGACAGUCUACUGGUUCCAGUAUGAAAGUGACACAUCUCUGAACAGCAACGUGUAUGAUGUCGCCAUGAAACUUGUUACCAAGCACUUCCCUGGUGAAUUUGGUAGCGAGAUUCUUGUUCAGAAAGUUGUCAACACAAUAUUGCAUCAAACUGCCAAAAAGAACCCUGAUGAUUAUACCCCUGUAAAUAUUGAUGGUGCUCACGCCCAAAGAGCUGAUGAUGUACAGCAAGGACAAGAGUUAGAGUCGCAACUUCCAACCAAAAUUAUUUUGACUGGACAGAAGACAAAAACUUUGCACAAGGAAGAGUUGAAUAUGAGCAAAGCUGAAAGAACUAUUCAGCAGAAUAUUGCAGACCAGGCUUCCGUAAUGCAAAAACGGAAAAGUGAAAAACUGAAACAAGAGCAUAAAGGGCAACCUAGGACUGCUUCUCCUGGGGCUGUUCGUGAGGGGCCAUCAUCUGCACCUGCUACACCAACAAAAACCCCGUAUUCUCCAACAUCUACAAAAGAAAAGAAAAUUCGAAUAACCACAAAUGAUGGGAGGCAGUCAAUGCUUACCCUAAAGUGCACUACCACCUUCUUGGAACUACAGGAAAGCAUAGCGAGAGAAUUUAAUAUUCCUCCAUAUUUGCAAUGUAUUCGCUAUGGCUUUCCUCCUAAAGAGCUUCUGCCUCCCAAAGAAGGCAUGGAAAAUGAGCCUGUUCCUCUGCAGCAUGGUGACAGGAUUGCGAUAGAAAUCCUGAAAGGUAAGGAAGAAGGCAGGCAGUCUGCUUCAGCACACUCGGCCCAUGCCGUGAAGCAUGACGAUGUUGCUGUGACUAGUAAAAUCUCAUCGAAGGAACUGCAAGAGCAAGUCGAUAAGGAGAUGUAUUCUCUCUGUCUUCUAGCAACACUAAUGGGAGAAGAUGUUUGGUCUUACGCAAAGGGGCUUCCUCAGUUGUUUCAGCAGGGUGGAGUAUUCUACAGCAUAAUGAAGAAAACCACAGGUUUGGCUGAUGGCAAGCACUGUACUUUUCCACAUCUGCCUGGUAAAAACUUUGUGUACAAUGCAGCAGAAGACAGAUUAGAGCUGUGUGUGGAUGCUGCUGGGCACUUUCCUAUUGGUCCUGACGUUGAAGAGUUGGUUAAAGAGGCCUUAAGUCAAGUGCGAGCAGAAGCUGCUUCAAGAAGCAGGGAAGCAAGUCCUUCACACGGAAUGCUGAAGCUGGGUAGUGGUGGAGUAGUGAAAAAGAAAUCUGAACAACUACAUAACAUAACUGCAUUUCAAGGAAAGGGCCAUUCCCUAGGAACUGCAUCUAGUAGUCAACAACAUGAUCAAAGAGCCAGGGAAACACCACUUUUAAGAAAGCAUAGCACAGAAACGGACUUCAGUCCUUCUGCUAAAAUUGAGCCUUCUGUAUUCACAGCUGCUUCUGGUAACAGUGAGCUUAUCCGAAUUGCUCCGGGAGUUGUGACAAUGAGAGACAGCAGGCAGCUUGACCCCACUUUGAUUGAGGCACAGAGAAAAAAGUUGCAGGAAAUGGUCUCUUCUAUUCAGGCUUCAAUGGAUAGACAUUUGCGGGAUCAGAAUACAGAGCAGUCAGCAUCAGUUGAUCUAUCUCAAAGAAAAGUAGAGGCAGUGAGUUCAACUGCUAAAACUGGGAGCUUUCAGGCUGGCUUACCCGAAUUGUUUCCUGCACCAGGUGGUACUGAACACUUGAAUACCGAAUCAACUGAUGGUAACAUGGUGAAUUCUGUGGGAACAACAUUCCCUGCAAGGUCUAAAGCACAAAAGGGAAAUUCUGUUGAGGAGCUUGAGGAGAUGGAUAGUCAAGAUGCAGGAAUCACUAAUGCAACUGAGCCAAUGGAUCACUCUUGAUAGGUUAAAAUCUAAUAAGGGUAGAAGAAAUUACUGUUCAAAUGUAAUGUUUAUUGGCUGGGCCACACAAAGUGAUUAGUUAUUAAAUCUUGUAUGUAUGUCAAAGAUUAUAUCAUCUUAUUCAGUGCAUGAUAAGCAAGUGUGUGAUUGGCAAUAGCUUUCAAUAUUACCAUACUGCUGCCCAGGCUGGCUCUGUUACCUGUAAAUUAGUUAUUAGGAAAUGCACUGAGAUGAAUAUCUGCUGUAAAUGUGGGUUCUUGAAAAUUCCUUGUCAUUUUUAAUUCCUUAAAAGUCUUAAAAUUUAAGCCCAUGCAAGGUUCUUACCAUGCUAGUUUAAAGCUACUGGAAAGGCUAGAAGAGGCAAAACUAGAAACGUGACAAAGUUAAUCCUGUCCCAGGUACUUAAUUCCACUCAACAAUACACUAUAAACAUUGAAUUGUACAUACAUUUCAAAAAGCAACUGAAACUAAACUUCUGCUAAACUUGAUAAUGCAGCAUAUACAGUACUUCAAUUACAUUGUGCUGGCACUUCCUCCGAUUUAAAAACUUUUUCAUUCAUACAGCUGUAUACGAUUGUCAGAAAUCUUGGAAUAAUUGUAACUUUAGUAAACUCUCUAAUUUCUGCAUAUUGUCAGUUGCAGCAAGUUAGAAAAAAGGCUACUUAGUGUAUGAAGAAGAUAAAGUGAAUGUGGUGUGGUUAUGCAUGGCUGUCUGAGCCAACACAACCAUUUUGGUGCUCUGUUAGUAAGUACACCCAAAUACCGAGCUGGUCAGAUGUUGUGCAACUUCUAAUACAACUACAGGAGAGAAGAAGUUGGCAAUUGCAAGAAGCAACACAUGUUCAAUGGCAAAAUCCAUUUCUUUUAAAAGACUUUGAUUACUAGCAUUGGUUAGUAAUGGCAAAAGUUAAAUAACAGCUGUCCUCUUCAGAGCAGGUUAACAAUUUAUUGGAAGGAAAUGACUCUCUAACAUACAUUAUCCUAAAAUAUCAGUGAUAACUGAGCUGUUGGAAGCUUGCUGUUUACUCCAUGGAAACAAGGAAUACAUGCUGUUUUGGUGUCUGUAAAGACUGCCCACCUCUAUUAGCCUCACUUCAGUUUGUGAUGCAGAUUUCCCUGCAUCAGUGAUAAUGUAGCUGGUAUCCACUUAAGUAGUGUGUUCAUCAGACCUGCAGUGCUAGUUCUUAAGAAGCAGCCAUUGUGCUUGCUCCCUAAGGAUGGAACGUGUAUCUGAUACUGCACUUUGCUUCCUAUCUUCAUAGUCAUAUUUAAGUGCACUAUUGUUGCUUCCUCUAAUGGUAAAAUAACAUUGAAUGGAUGAAAGAUGUUAGUACAGCUUCAAAGGAAUUAAGAGCAUUUAAAUAUUGAAGUCUGUGUUUGUGCACAUGUGGGUUUUUACCAGUUCACAAAUGUUGUUUGUAUUGUAUAUGUUUGUAUUCAGAAAAGUCUCCUCAGUUUUUACAUUUCUAAUCACUUAAACAGUUCUAAGCAUUAGUAUGAUAAAAUGUCCCGUGAGGGAGGAUUUAUUUUUGUAUGUAAAAAUUAACUGAAGCGAGUCACUUAAAGGAUAGCUCCCGUUUUGUCAAAGUAAAUUAAAAUGCCUCUGUUGGUUAACUUUUUGUGUAGAGGGAAUAAAUAUUUUAUGAUUUAGUACACUACUUAUAGGUAAAAAAUAAGAAUCACCUUUUCACAAAUAAAUGAAAAUUUUUAAGAUCUCAAAUUGCUAACCUGUAAGUUAGCAAUUUGGAAGCUUGGAAUGUAUGAAGUAAUUUGGCUCACCAGAACUGACCUUGCUGAUGCACUGAUUAACUGGCAGGGCUUAUUCAAUGAGAAACAGGAUGCACAUGCAGCAGCUGGAAGCCUGCCAUGACUUCUGAAAACAUUUAGUCUCCCAUGAAUUGGUCUAGCCGUCUGAAGGCUAUUUCAAUAUAGCAAAUGUUGAGUAGAGGUUUGUGCUUUGUCACAGUGUGAGGUUUAGAAAAGUAUAGCAGUGGCCUGUUCCUGGGAAGGAGUUUAAGUCGGAAGAGGCGGG